AGCACGGUGGCGGCCAGUGGCGGAAGCGGUGGUGGACCGUGCGGGGCGUGCAAGUUCUUGAGGAGGAAGUGCGUGCCUGGGUGCAUCUUCGCCCCGCACUUCGAUUCGGAGCAGGGCGCCGCUCAUUUCGCGGCGGUGCAUAAGAUUUUUGGCGCCAGCAAUGUCUCCAAGCUCCUCCUCCACAUUCCGGUGCACAAGCGCCCCGAGGCUGUCAUCACCAUAUGCUACGAGGCUCAAGCCCGCCUUCGCGACCCCAUCUACGGUUGUGUUGCGCAAAUCUUUAACAUGCAACAACAGGUAGUGAAUCUGCAGGCGGAGCUAGCCUACAUACACGGCCAGCUAGCGGCGUUGGAGGCGGUGCCAGCUCCGCCGCCUGUGCCGAUGCAUCCGCCGCAUCCCCAACACUCGGUGCUGAUGCCGUCACCUGCCCUGAACCCUGCAGACCUCCCCACCGGCGCGUCAGUGCAGCCGUCAACUUACGACCUCUCGCCCCUCUUUGACCCCAUGGCGCAGCAGGCAUGGCCCACUCAGCAGCGGCAGCUGGACCCACGCCACGUGUUCGGCCACUCAGUGCCCAGGACGGCGGCGGUGGACAUGCCGUCGUCUUCAGCCGGCGGAGGUGACCUUCAGGCAGUGGCGCGUGAGCUCAUGAAUAGGCGGAGGCUUGGUGGGAACCCGACAAUGCCAUUCCCGGAUGCUCCAUCAACUUAAUUUGUAAGGAGCAAUCAAGAUUGAAGCUAGGAGGAAUGGCCGAGUCUAUUUUAGGUUUAUUAUUAUUAUUAUUAUUAUUAUUAUUAUUAUUAUUAUUAUUAUUAUUAUUAUUAUGGACAACCUUAUUUUUAUAUUUAAUGAUGUUUAAGGGCUUGCCUAUUUGCAAUGACUGUAGGCAAGUGAGUGGACGUUUUUUUUUUCUUUAAUCGUUUUGCUUUAUCAUUAUUAAUUUAGAAUUUUGGUCCGGCCUACCCUUUUCUUCUCUAAUUUGGUCAACUGGUUGAAUCACAUUUCAUUUGGCAUGUUUUCAAUUUGGAUUGGCUUUGGUCUCAGUUUAAUUAGACCAAAGUUUCUUCUCGGAAUCACAUUUCAUUUUAGAUGUUCUCAUCUCAUUUAGGUUGAUCUUAAUUGAUACCCUACCAAUUUAGACUAGACUAAUAAUUAGGUCAUAUUAGAACGAAUUUUAUC